ACUAUGUCCGGGGACAGCGUGCUGAUCGGCGCCUCCAUGGCCGUGCUCGUCGUGCUCUCCCUCCUCACCUUCUUCUGCUCCUCCCGCCGCCGCGCGGUGCAUACCUCGUCGUCGCAGCGGAGCGUCGUCGACGAUCUGGAGCAAGGGCGCCGGCCUUGCGACGCCGCCGCGGGGCUCGACGAGGCCGUCCUGGCCGCAUACCCGACGACGGUGUACUCCUCGUCGAGCCGGGGGGGCAGCACCGGCGAGCGGAGCAAGGAGGAGGCGGGCGACAGCACGCGGUGCGCGGUGUGCCUGGCGGACUACGAGCACGGCGACGAGCUCCGGCUGCUGCCGGGGUGCCGGCACUCGUUCCACCGGCAGUGCGUCGACGACUGGCUGCGGCGCCGGCCCAGCUGCCCGCUAUGCAGGUCCUCGCCGCCCCCGACCAUGCACCAGCUAGCUACCGAUUCUUCAACCGUCACGGCGUCAGCGUGUGUGCGUGCAAAUGCAUGCACCCAGCCAAGCGAAACGAGAUAGCCUGUCGGAGUGCAGACGAUGCACCGAGUUUGGAACUUUGGAUUGGAUACAUGUACUUGUAGUCUUUUACAAACUUAAUUAUUUUACGUCUAAUUUUUGUAGGUACUAGGAUUUUAGCCCGGCUAUAUCUCUAUCUCUAUCUCUACUACUUAAAAAGACUAAACUCGUUCCUUAUUCUGCCAUCCACCAAUACCUCAAACUUUGGUCGUCCCGCAUACGUCGCCCCCUUCGAUGGUUCCGCCCCGCACGGGCCAACUGGACCAGGCCCAUCACAACGCAAUACACAUACGUCGCACCCCCUAGCUUUCUCCACGUUCAACCCUAGCCGCCAUGCCGCCCUGACGAAGUGGAAAUCUCUCCCUGUCUGAACUCGUCGACCCGGAGGUCGCCGGCGUCUUCCUCGUUCGGCUGUGCGAUCUCGCCAGUUUCUUCAAGCGCGACCAGGGAAGGGCGCACCUGACUGAUCCAGGCGUCCUUCUCACGCGGCCAGGAAAGCCUCCUCAUCCCCCGCAUCGCGAGAAGCCUCCAGAUCAACUUGCGGUGUCGUCCCCAUUCACUGCAUCGCGAGCGGCCGGCACCGAAUUGCAGAUCAAGGAGACCGGAUCAAGGAACUCCAUGAAUCAACCGCCCCCUCACCGGCUCACGGAAUUCGAUUCGAGAAGGGAAGGGGAGAAGAUCGGCUGCCGCACCGUUGUUCUCCCACCCUGUCUAGCAGCGAGAUGCCCUGAGCGGACGUCGAUGCCGAGUUUGGUGGACUGCCGGCGGCGCCGUACCAUCAGACUACUUCGACGACGACGGCAAGCCCAAGAGAACAGGAAAGAAAUCGUAUUCUACUCUCCGAUCUAUCUCUUCUUUUGAUGUAGUGAUCUCCACAUGCUCCAAAUCGCAUUGUUUUACCGCACGCCCAUCAAGUUUUGCCUAGGCGGGGCGAAGAGACUAAUCUGGAGUUUUUAUUUCAUCUAAUACACACGUUUAUGAUACUCCCGGAAGCACUCCACUUCUCAUCAGAACAUUAGCCUUAAUUUGUUUUGCUCCAACAUCUCAGAGUGGCUUAUGUGAACUUGUUCUGACGGAAGUAGCUUCUCCAUGUUCUGAAGAAACAUAUGAACUAGAUAUGGGUUUCUCGAAAAUGGUCAUUGUAAUUUGUUUUGCGUAACUCGUUUUCUGCUCUGUACAUUGUCACCCAUCUGGGCUGUUCCGUUUCGUGGAUUGCAUAGGGCAGUCGUUUUUUUUUUCAAUUACUCAGUUCUAUUGCUGCUAUUUUUGAGUCUACUAUUUUUUUUGUUCUUUGUGUAGACUCCUAGACGGUGAUUCAGGCAUCGACCUUCAUCUCACCGGAAAAGAAGUGGUGGUAGCCAAUUGACACGCUAAAACAAUGAUCAUCCACUUGACCCGUUUUUUGUAUUUUGAGUGGCUGCAAAUAGUCUAUAUUUCUUUUCCUUGCAACGUUUUGUAUUCAUAUAUCGGUUCAUAGAGUGGUGCAUCCGUUCAGGUUAGUUUAGACUAAUUGAUGUAGCUCAUCUUAUCUGCAGGAAAUAUAUUCGUGAGAGAAGCUGGAAUUCCUUUGUGAUGAUGAAACGAACUUCUCAGAUUCAGUUUCUCUAGCUUUCUUCACCAACAUAAAAAGCCUUAAGCACUGUGAAUUGAGAUUAUAGUUUGCUGUACAUGGGAUUGCGGGGUUUUUUCUAGACAUUAUAUCUUCUUAAUUUAUACCAAUUUGAUAAUGGAGAGGGAUUACUUCUUGCUGGUAAAUUGGAUUGGCUGUUUUUGGAUGGAUCUAAUCUUGACAGCACCUGUGAUGAAUCUAGGUAAUUAUUCUUCAAGUUGUUCAUUUUCUUCCCGGUCAUGUAUGAAUCAAGCUUUUCUUGUGUGUUUACAGUAGUUUUGUGGGGUGGAAGAAAAUAAUGUAUACUUAUUCUCAGUUA